GUCUUUGAUCGGGUUCGGAUGGAAUUGUUGCCCCGUUUAAUAAAGGAAUCGGGCCAUGCUGACCCGCCCCUAUCCGAACCCAACCGUUGACACCCGUAGUAUUAACGUACACCCAUGCGUCCAUGCAUUUAUUAUUAUUUUAAAAUAGGAAGUGGGUAUUUGCUGGAACGCAGGUAGAGCUCGAUUUCCCGAAGCAAGUCUUGGUUUUCGACGAUAUUUCACACACAACACAUGCGGAUGAGGGUGCACCUGGAACGGAUAUCCGACACGGCGACACCCGCACGGCAUCUGUGCCCAUUUCCCUGAUUCUUCAAACCCCACCACCCACAUGCAUUGAUUGAGUGGACCCCACUUCACUUCCCGAAACCAUGAAGCCUGCCCUUGUUUCAAGGGUUUUACCAUACUCCUUUCCUUUAAAAAGUAAGAGAAAAUGACCUUCAAACGUCAAAAACAAUACAAAAGAAGAAAAAACGACCCCUACCUCGUGCAUGCAUGGUUUCUUCUGAAGAGAAGAUGGGUCUGAAGGCAUUGUUCAAGAAUUCCCAAGCUGCGUUGAGCAUGAUCUUGGUACAGCUUCUUUCAACUGGAACGGUUCUCUUGUCAAAGAUAGUAUUGAAUAGAGGAACCUUCAUUUUCUCUCUCCUAACAUACCGUCAGAUCGUUGCAGCUUUUUUCCUCGCGCCUUUUGCUUUCUUCAUGGAAAGAAAGAUGUUAAGCAAGUUAAGCUGGAUGGCAUUGCCGUGGAUUUUUUUCAACGGGUUAUUCGGGAUAACAAUGGCUAUGGGUUUGUAUUACUAUGGCCUCCAAUACACUUCAGCCACAUUUGCCUCCAAUUUCCUUAAUUUGAUUCCAAUCACUACUUUCAUCCUCUCUACCAUCGCUGGAAUGGAGAAAUUGGGAUUAGGAAGCAAAGGAGGGAGAAUUAAAGUUGCAGGAACCAUGUUAUGUGUUGCUGGAGCUCUAAGUGUUAGUCUCUAUAAAGGAAAACCAUUGCACAUAUGGCCCUCUCACUUGCAUAGUCAUCACAUUUCAAUGCAAAGGAUGACAAAAAAGGAAUUGGUGACCGGCUCGCUGAUGUUGGUUGGGAGUUGCUUAAGCUAUGCUACUUGGUUCAUAGUACAGGUCAAACUAUUCAAGGUCUACCCAUCAGUGUAUUGGGCAACAAUGCUAUCAUGCUUGGCAGGGAGCCUACAAUCAGCCAUAAUAGGGAUAGCAUUAGAUAGAGGAAAGGCUGCAUGGAGCUUAGGAUGGGACAUGCAACUGCUGACCAUAUUUUACUCGGGAGUACUGACUACAGGUGCAAACUUCUGCUUAAUCUCAUGGGCAGUAUCGAAACGAGGUCCGACCUAUCCCUCCAUGUUCAGUCCCGUAUCGCUGGUUUUUGUGACCAUCUUAGAAUCUCUCUUCAUGGGGGAAGAAAUUUUCAUUGGCAGCAUAUUAGGCAUGUUAAUGAUUACAGGAGGCUUGUAUGCCUUCCUGUGGGGAAAGAGAAAUGAGUUGCCGCCACAUGACAUAAGCAUCCGGGAUGUCGCAUUAGAUGUUGAAUCACCCCGAUCACAACCGUCGAUCUCCCUGUCUUCUGCUCAUCACAUCGGCACGAUUGCUGAAGAAGCCCAUGGUAAGGAAACCAAGAACAUCAAAGUGGUCACAGUGCUGUAGUCUUCAAUAAGCGAAACCAUUAAACCAUUCAUGUCACACGAGAGCCUGCAUUUGUUUGGUAUUUUGGGGAAAAGCUACGACCUACAAUGGAGUCAUCCACGGCUUCUUCUUUUUUUCUUUAGUU